AUGGCGUACAAUAGACCAUACAACCCGGACGAACUGCCUAGAUUCGCGGAGCCCGAGCAGAAAGGAAACAACAAGUCUCCAGCACCGGUCUCUUCCGCUUCGCGAUACGAGAACAAACCACAGCCUCCACGUCCUCUUGAUCACAGAGGCUCGGGGGAUCCGUACGGUCCCCGCCCGAACCAACUAUCACCCAGGCACGCAGCACCGCCUGACCGUUUCGGCAUGAGCCCGCCCCCAACCGCAGCCGCGGCCCGACCGAUCCAUCAAAACCUCCCGCCCGCUAGCUCAAGGCCGCCGCCGAGUCCUGCACCGCGCGAUAGCUCGGCCGACCCGACCUUACUGCCACUUUUCAGGGCCGUGGACAAGGAUGGCACCGGUCAGCUCUCCGAGAGAGAGCUCUCAGCAGCCCUCGUCAACGGCGACUGGACGGCCUUCGACCCCCAGACGGUGCGCAUGAUGAUCCGCAUGUUCGACAGCGACCGCAGCGGCACCAUUGGCUUCGAGGAGUUCUGCGGCCUGUGGUCUUUCCUGGCCUCGUGGCGCUCGCUCUUCGACCGCUUCGACACAGACCGGUCCGGCAACAUCAGCUUAGACGAGUUCAGCAACGCGCUGGUCGCCUUCCGCUACCGCCUGAGCGACCGCUUCGUCGAGCUCCUCUUCCGCACCUACGACAAGCGCAAUGAGGGCGUCAUGAGCUUUGAUCUCUUCGUCCAGGCCUGCAUCAGCCUCAAGCGCAUGACCGACGUGUUCAAGCGCUAUGACGACGACCGGGACGGGUACAUCACGCUGAGCUUUGAGGACUUCUUGACUGAGAUUCUGCGCCAGCUGCGGUAA